GAACCAGCUACCGACCUACGAUCGGCCUACCUGAAGAUCUUUCAGUGCAAGGUCAACCUGGGCGCAAUUCCAAUGGAGCUGCAGAGGUCCUCGGCCACGCGGUGGAUGCACUCUCCUGCCACGCGGUGGAUGCAGGACUGCCACGCGGCAGUGCCGAAGCUCGUGGGGUCCGCAUCGGCCCCCUCGCCCGCGGCUGCUGGCGGCUGGUGCCGCUUCACCUCUGCCAGGGAGCGUCUGGCUUCAGGGCGUCGAACGGUCCCGGACGACGGAGUGGUCAGAGGUUCCAAAGCCGUCAUGUACAACGACGGCGAUUGGAGCGAG